GCGCCCGGAGGAGGAGGAGGAGCACGCCGCUGAUGCCGCCGCGGAGGCCGUCGCGGGAAAGUACUGGGCCCACCGCCACAGCCUCUUCUCCCUGUACGACCGCGGCGUGCGGAUGGACGCCGAGGGCUGGUACUCCGCCACCCCGGAGGCCAUCGCCGCCGCGCAGGCCGCCCGAGCUGCGCCCGCAGGCCUCGUCCUCGACGCCUUCGCCGGGGUCGGCGGCAACUCCAUCCAGUUCGCCGCCAGGGGCUGCUACGUGGUCGCGGUGGAGAUGGAUCCCCGGAAGGUGGAGCUGGCGAGGCACAACGCCAGGAUCUACGGCGUGGAGGACAUGAUCGAGUUCGUUGUCGGCGAUUUCUUCCACCUCGCGCCUUACUUGAAGGCAGAUUUGGUGUUCCUUUCACCACCAUGGGGAGGGCCAUCAUAUAAUCAAACACCAGUGUACACCCUCGAUAUGCUGAAGCCAAAGGAUGGGCAUGCAAUAUUUCAAGCUGCUCAGAAAAUAGCUCCUAAUAUCAUCAUGUUCUUGCCACGGAAUGUGGACAUAAGCCAAGUAGAGGAACUUUCGUGGUUGUCUUCUCCUCCCCUGGAUUUUGAGAGUGAAGAGAGCUACGUACAGCACAGAUUCAAAGGAAUCACUGCUUACUUUGGAGACGUGGCACGAUGAUCCAGUUCAUUAUCGAAGUUGAGAACAAGGACCCAUGUUGUUUCCUGUCGGAUCGUAUUGUCUCGGCGCAAACUGAAAUCUCAGAAGUCCUCUUGUUGAGCCUCUCCAGCCGAGGAGCUGGAUGUGACAUCCACUCC